AUGGAGGACGUGAACUCUGGCACAGUGUACGAGAAGACCAACGCAGAGGUGGAGAUGAAGAAAAUCAAUAGAGAGGAGUUUUGGGAGCAGGCCAAGCGCGAGGAGGAGCUGAGGAAGGAGGAGGAGAAGAAGAAGGCGGCGGAGGACCGGCAGCGCUUCGAGGAGGAACGGAUGGAGCUGGAGAGGAAAGAGCAGGAGAACCGAGAGAAGAGGUACCGCGAGAGAGAGGCGCAGAUCGAAGAGCACAGGAAGAAGCUGCAGGAGGAAGAUGAGGCCAGAGAGAGGUUGCAGAGUCAGGCCACCAUAGCGGCAGAGAUGAGCAUCGAGGAUCUCAACCUGGACAAGAAGGAGAGUGAAGUAGAGGAAGCGAAGGCCAUCAUCGCUCAGCGGUCCGGAAACCCUCGAGAGUUCUUCAAGCAGAAGGAGAGAGCCAUGACCAUCAGCGUCGACACCUCGCCCGUCUCCGUCCACAGGAGCGGGGACGACGAUGACGAUGACGUCGACGGCGAUGGCAAUGAAGCGAGCACAGAGCGCAACUUGGCCGCAGUGUCACCCAUUCCUAAAAUAGUCACCACACCCAUCAAAGAAGACUUUAACAGGGAGGAGGACAACAGCAGAGACGAGUGGGAUUCGGUGCCAAAGCAGGAGCAGAAUCAGCCGGUUCAGGAGUCGACUCCCCCCAAGCCCGUGCAGAGCGUCGCCCCGCAGGCCCGAGACGCCUCCGGUUUCUCCGUGUGGGAGUCCGGGACCGACAGCCUGGUCAACCUGUGGGACACCAGCUCCGGCGCCCCCGCGGACCCCUCCCAACCCCCCCGCUCCUCCGACCUGGUGGACCUGAUGGGUGACAGCGCCCCGCCCAGCUCGGCCGCCGCCGCCGCCGUCAGCCGGCCUCAGCCCCUCCUCAGCUUCGACGAGAUGAUGGACGGCACCAUGUGCUCGGUCGCCGCCACCGAGGACGACCCGUCCAGUCUGGUGGACGUGACGGGCCCCGACCAGAUGACCCUCAGCUACCAGCAUGCAUUGCAGCACGCGUCCAGCGACGGGCCGCAGCUGGAGGACGGACAGCUGCUGAUGACUAACGGGGAGACGCUGCUGAAAGAGGGAACGCAGGCGAGCGAGGGCUACUUCAGCCAAUCACAGGAGGAGGAAUUUGGCCAAUCAGAGGAGUGCUCAGCCAAACCUGCACCAGUCUUUUAUAACAAGCCACCAGAGAUUGACAUAACGUGCUGGGACACGGACCCAGUAGUCGAAGAUGACGACGACUAAACCCGGCCAAUCCAAAAUUGGAAAACCACCGCCAACCCGGACCAAGAGGAAGGAAGGAAGUAGGAAGUGCGCUUCAUGAAGAAUCAACAGAAUCUUUUUUCUAAAAAACAAAAAAACACAAAACAAACAAAAGCAAAAAAAAAAAAAAAAAGUAUUAAUAAUAAUAACGAAUAACAAGUCUUGCAUCAAAACUACUUCUGUAUUAUCUUUUAGAGGAAAACCAAACAGUAGCCACCUUAAAAAAAAAAAUAAAAAAAGACGGUUUGAGUUGUCAUUAAAGAUCGUUUGGAAAGGCUCAGUUCAGAUUUUUUAUUAUUUUAUUUAUUUGUUUUACUCUCUCGCUUUCUCUUUUUUUUU